CCUACUGCUGCGUAUGCGCAGAAGCGGGAAGGAUGCUGAAUUCAUCGGGAUACUGAAUUGGACUCUCGACACCUGUCAGUGGCACAGCCCGUGAUUUUAAUCUUCAAAAAGCAGAGAAUUUGUAGAAUUUGAAUGGCAGAUGAGAGCCUACAGUGAGGAUGGCUGCCAGCAAGGUGUCAUCAUCCAGUGAUGUCAGUGUCCGUUUGGUUACCAGUGAUGGCGUAGCUCAGAAUUCUCAUCUUUCAUCAGCAGCCUUCAUUUUACCAGCAAGCUCAGCUGCAAUAAAUCUUUCUACAAACAGCACAGAUAUCCGAGUCAUAUGUGAACAACAAAUGCAUCCUGUGGUAGAACAAAAUGAACAUACUGCUGCAAGUGAGUCUGUGGCCACCACCAUCAUGCCUCAGAUCAGCAGUGUCCCUAGCUGCAGUGCAGUCAGGGUCUUGGAGUGGAAUGAUGGAAUAGCUACCUUGCCUGGGAGCAAUUUAAAGUUUCGGAUGAAUGAGUUUGGAUCACUAGAAGCUGUCAGCACUGAAAAACUAAUCACUACAGAGCAAGUGAAUGAUGAGACUACAGAAAAAAUGGGUGAAUUUGAGAAAGCACACAGUAUCAGAAAGAAUGCCUGUAUAAAUCCAGGUAGCCAAGACGUCUUAAACAGCAGCAUGGCACCAACGGUGGAGGAAGACCACCAAUGCAAAUCCUGUGGUCAUACCUAUUCUGGUGACCCUCUACGAAGCACUGCAGGGUACUGUAGUGAACGGUGUCAUCAACAGUUUAUAGACAGGUCCAGGCAUGUAGAAGCUGUUGCAAAAGCAAGAAAUGGUGCUGAAAUCUUAAAGCCAGUCAAAAAACGAAAGCGAAAAGACUACCUGACUCCAUCUGAUGAAGAUUAUGAAUCUGAACAAAUGGAAGAAAAACAAGAUGGCAUUAAAAAUGAUGUUGAUGCUUGUGAAGUUGACAAUGCUCUCACAGAACUACAAAGAAACAUUCAAGAUGGAAUGAAAAAAGAAGGUUGGUCGUGGCCAUCCUACUUAGAAGAACAGAAGGCUGUUACUGCCCCUUUAAAGCUUUUUCAUGAGUAUCAGUCAUGCUCCAUGAACAAGAAUGCAUUCAAAGUUGGAAUGAAGCUUGAAGGAAUCGAUCCUCAACAUCCAUCAAUGUACUUUGUGCUCACUGUGGUUGAGGUCUGUGGUUACCGCUUGCGUCUUCACUUUGACGGAUACUCAGAAUGCCAUGACUUCUGGGUAAAUGCUGACAGUCCUGAUAUUCAUCCAGCAGGGUGGUGUGAGCGAACUAAUCACAAGUUACAGCCUCCAAAAGGAUACAAAGAAGAAGAAUUCAGUUGGUCCAGCUACCUAAGAAUAACAAAAGCACAGGCUGCUCCCAAACACAUUUUUAUGAACCAAAACAAUAAUGCUGCCCCUGUUGGUUUUAAAGUUGGUAUGAAACUAGAAGCUGUUGACAGAAUGAACCCUUCCUUGAUAUGUGUUGCCACCGUAACAGACAUAGUAGACAAUCGUUUUCUGGUUCACUUUGAUAACUGGGAUGACACUUAUGACUACUGGUGUGAUGCUAACAGUCCUUAUAUUCAUCCUGUUGGCUGGUGCCAGGAACGUGGCAAACCUCUUACUGCUCCCCAAGGUUAUCCUGACCCAGACAACUUUAUAUGGUCAAAGUAUUUGGAGGAAACUGGGGCUAUUGCUGUACCAGUGAAGGCUUUUAAAGAGCGUCUGCCUCAUGGGUUUCAAGUAAACAUGAAGUUGGAAGCUGUUGAUCGGCGUAAUCCUGCCCUUGUCAGAGUGGCUACUGUAGAAGAUAUGGAUGAACAUCGAAUCAAGAUUCAUUUUGAUGGUUGUAGUCAUGCAUAUGACUUCUGGAUUGACUCAGACCAUCCCGACAUUCAUCCUGUUGGCUGGUGCAGCAAAACAGGACAUCCAUUACAGACUCCAGUGAGACCAAAAGAUUCGUCUUCUUCACCUGGACAUGGAGUAUGCUCUUCAUUAGUAUGCAAGGGAAUUAACAACAUGAGAACCUCAAAGUAUAGCUUCCAUCACAGGAAAUGCCCAACUCCAGGAUGUGAUGGUUCUGGACAUAUUACAGGGCGGUUUACAGCACACCACUGCCUUUCAGGAUGCCCCUUGGCUGAAAGAAACCAGGGGAGACAGAAGGAUCUUUCUGAUAAUGAAGGCUCAGCUAGGAGAAGGGGACUCAUUGGAUUUACUCGAAAGAGGAAAUCUAGGCACCAUGGAAGGAUUGGACGCCCCCCUAAAUAUCGCAAGAUUCAAGAAGAUAACUUUCAAAAUGUGUCUCCAGACAACAUGAACCACUCAUUUUUUAUGUCUGCCUUGUCUACACAUCCAGACCGCUCACUGUCCCUCUGUUGGGAACAACACUGCAAGUUGCUUCCUGGUGUAGCAGGAAUCACUGCCAACACAGUGGCUAAAUGGACCAUUGAUGAAGUUUCCAGAUUUGUUCAGACACUAACAGGCUGUGAGAACCAAUCAAAGCUGUUUAAGGACCAGAUGAUUGAUGGAGAGGCCUUUCUUUUGCUGACUCAGGCUGAUAUUGUAAAAAUCAUGAACAUCAAGCUUGGCCCAGCACUAAAGAUUUACAAUUCAAUUCUCAUGUUCAAGAAUGCCGAUGAUACCUUAAAGUGACUUGUCUGCCCACUGCCUAACAAGGAGUGGAAUACUCCAAGACAUCUGUCAAUUAAAAUCUUCUGUGGGCUUUGGAAGAGUCUACUCAUUUUGUACUUAACUGCUGUCAUUUAUACGGUUUAGCUGUCAACACAGCUAGUAUGCAGUCUUUGAAAUAAUCACUAGACAAGUACUAAGGGUUUCAGGGGUGACUGUUGUUAGCCAUUGAAAUUUAAGUGAAAUCCCUAUGGGAAAAUAUGCCAUAGAAAUGUAACAAUAUUUCAUAAUGAUCCUUUUGUUACUGUUUAAGGUGCUGACUUGUGAUACUGUCAGGGAAUUGUUUCUGGGACUAUGACCUUCAUUCUCAUGCAGUCAAGUAAUAUUUAGAUUAACAAGCCAAACUAGGUGGUGUGCAUGUUCAUGUGGCUUUGUUUUGCCUAGCUUCUGCUUUUGUAGCAGUGUUACUGAAGAUUUAAAAUGUUUUAAGUUGGCAACUGCAGUGGAACAUGCAGCAAAUGAAUUGACAUGCUGAGUCUGAACUACAGCCUUAUACUUCUGGUUGUAGUUUCUGCUUCUGCCUUAUAGUUGUGUUAUAGAAAGCAAGAUGACUGCUGGCAUUUGCUCAUUAUUUUUGCAUUGAUUCUUGGGUUUACAGUUUCCUAAGGUUAGUGUUUGCAAAAUGAAGAACUUUGAUAAAGCAGGUUUUUCUAAUAAUUCUGUUUCGUAUCCUGUCUUUGUACAUAAAGGAGUUACUGAGGAACGUAUCCAGAUUAGGAUGCAGUACUCUUUCAGUUUCUUCAGGCAAAUUCAUUACUUCAUGUACUACAUCAGAUGUAUUUUCUAUAGAUAUUUUUAAGGUUUGCGCAUUGCUUUUAACUAUAAAGAUAACUUCUGAAAUGCCCUUCAUUAUGGGGCAUUAAUCUAACCAUGGGGUAUUUAUGACAAAUUAGAAUCCACAUUUACUGAAAAAAUGAACAUUUUCAUUUAAAUUAUAACAGUGAACUAAGUCUACAAGGCACUGAGAAGUAUGAAAUGUAAUGAAAUGUAAAUCUGCUCAUUUCUCAGUAGCUGCAGUUUAAACACAUUUUUUUUUUGGGUGCAGAAUCUAGAAAAGUUUAACCAAUGACAGUAUUCUCCUUUUAGGUCCACUGUCCAAACAAUUAUAUUUACUUUGGUUGGUGAGUGAAACAGUCAAAAUACUGACAUUUGGUAUUGGAAAGUUUUAAAACUUAGAACACCAAUGUUAAUAUUGGCAGCUGGCAGAUACAAGUAUAUACAGCAAAAACUACAGCAACUCUGAUGACUAGAAAUAAUUCACUAUGAGGAAAUACAGAAAUAUAUAAACAGAUCCUUUAAGUACAAAAAUACAUAAAUAUGACAUAUAAAUAUAUAAAUAAUUAAACAAAUUCAAAUCGUGCCUGAAUACAAAUAAAUUGACAAAUGCACCCACUUCUUUCUGUGUUCUGCCUGUGAAUUCUUUUCAUUAUUAUUGUUAAUGUCACUUACGUCUUCAGCAAGGCUUCCUGACAUGCUGUUGACUCACUCAUGAUUGCUUCAAACAAUUGCAAUGACAAAUGAGCAAAAGUUCCUGAAUAUGAUCAGCAUUUGCAAGUAAAAAUGCACACAUAUGUUUUUAUUGGGGGAUAAGACAUCUUUUUCCCAUAUUUACCUGAUGGGAACACCACCGCUUACAUCCCUGCUGUAUAACAACUCCUGAGUUCACACCAUCUCAGGGAAAAAGGAUUUCCUAAUACAGUGGCUGAUAUUCACUAGUAUACUUUUAUAACGUAUAAUUCAUCUUGCCAAUAAAAAUUACUUUGUUUACUUUCAUUAGAUCAGUCAGGAACCCAGUAUGCUGUGGGAAAGGGACUGUCCACCUUAAAGCUGAAAUAGACUGGUAGAUUAAAUUGUAUAUAUGGAGUCCAGGUUAAAUAAUCUCUGUAGUUUAGUUUUGAUUUCAGUUUAGUUUAUUUCCCAUUUUUGAACGUUAAAAAUGAUUAUUUGUGUGCAGUUAAGAUGUUAAUCAUUUAAAUGUAUUUUUUAUAAAAAGGAUAUGCUUGACUUUAUAUAUAAAGCUAGGUGACACACCUGAAACAUUUUUGCAUGUGUGUUUCAUUAUAAAUUAUUUUUCCAUUAUCAGUGCUGUUGUAGCUUUUGUUUGAAAGGAAAAUAUAGAUGUAAAACUGGGCAGUGAAGUAUAGAGUGUACAAACAAAUGCUGUAGCAUUUUUUUUAAAUAAUUUAUGAUAGUCGCAUAUUCCAAUAACUACAUUUAUAGCUCUCUGAUGUUAAAGGUAAAAAUUUUAGAAGUAAAACAUUUAUUUAAAAUAUGUUAAAUCUCCACUUGAUUUUUCCAAGUGAGAAUGGCCUUGCUGAAUUUAUUUAUUUAUUUAUUUAAUUUAUUUAUUUAAUUGCUUACUAAUUUGCUAUUAGUCCCACAAGAGCAAAAGGUUGCAUUUUAUGGAUAUCAUAAAACUGAUGCAAUUAA